UACUAACAAAUCGCACCGACUCGAUUUGAUUUGUGAAUUUGGUAAGAAAAAUCGAAGAAUAGUCAAAAAAACUGAAAACUGUACGCACCGAGGCCGAAAACAUCGCUAGCGAUAAAGCUCCCAGUAGAUGCGAAAAAAAAACUCCACCAUCCGACCGGACAAACUACCGGAACAGUUCCAGCGCCGAACGAGGUGAAAACUGGGCAGAAACAACCAUACAUUCACAUCAUCAACAGCAGGAGCAGUACUUUGGCAAAAAAAACAUCACUAGUGCAGUGCCUCAAUCAUGAUUCCGACCACACAACCAGUCACAACAUCCCGACCGAAUGCUGGAGGAAGAGACCAACACCACAGUAGCAGCCACCAGGAGUCAGUUUUUUUUCACCCACGGUGGAAGCGCACCAUUUGGCCAGAUAAACUACAAUGAAUGGCCAUAACAGUAUCGCAAAAUAAGCGUAUCAAGGCCGACAACAACGCGAGAGGUGAUGGUAAAUGAAAAAAGUGUUUUGUUUAACGAAAAUUUGAUUUUUUUUUCAACCCUCCGUACAGCUCGACAAAAUACAAAAGAUGCAAGGCAAGGACAAACGCCAUUACCCCGCCGGGCAAAUAUCGGAGAAGUUCCAGCGCCAAAUAUGGUUAACAAUGGGUCGCGUGGAAGCGGCGUUGGUCCCCCCACAUCAACAGCAGCAGCAGUGGACUCUGGCGUAAGAAAACAUCCAACAGCCGUCACUGAUCGUAUCACCAACACCACCCCCAGCCCGAGCACCGAGGUUGACAAUAACUUACCCGGUGAAGGUAAGUAUAAAACGGUUUUAUUCAGCGAAAAUUUGCAUCUUUUUUGUACCCUCCAUACAGCCCCGUACAAACACAAGAGCAUUUCCGGCGCCAAACAAGGUGAACACUGGGCCGGAACAAUCAGCACCACUUCAUCAACAGCAGCAGAAGUAAACACUACUCUGACGGAAGAAAUAUCGUCCACGAUUGCGACCAAGUCACCAGUCGCUUCCGUUCAGCAGAAGCACCACCAAAUCCAACACCAUAUAUUCACCGGAAGCUUUCCUCUCAUCCCUACCCGCGUAUCGCUGGAAGAGCCCAACUACAAGUACUUGAUUUUUCUUCUCCCAUGGCAAUCGUCCCCAUGGCCCGGUCAAGAUCCGUUUGUCGGAGGUCAGAAACGGAAGAAUCCAUUUUUCAGAAAUUACGAUCCUGCUCAGUAAGACCACUUCCAAAGAAGUGAUGGCCAUUGAUUCUACAAUUGCGAACGAACUUUUUGAGCCAAGUUCAACUACCACCGAAGCCCAGUAUAAAUUUUACCAUCGAAAGAAAGUUUGACGUCUUAAUUCCGUUUCAUCGGAAUCAAGAAUUCGUCGGCUAGUCUAACGUUUCCCUUGGUGCGAGAUUCUAUCAAAGUACAUUAAACUACAAUACAAAGAUUCUACAAAAGGAACUUGACGGAUACGCAAAUUUGAGGUAGAGUAAACUGGACUGAUGAUGAUUGAGAUUUUAGUCCAAUUUUGCGAUCCUGGUCUUAUGCUAAAGUCGGUGGAAUAUCUGAGGAUGGCAUCGUCAACAACGUUGGAUAAAAUAGGAGAGGAAACUUGGAAUGAAUUUUGAGCACUUAAGUGGUCAAUAAAAUAUUAUUAUUCUUCAAGCCCAGAUGUUUCAU